CGCGCCGGCGCCGGGUCUGGAAGUCCCCGCGGGAGGGAAGUCCCCCUGGCCCUCUCUGGGGCGGAGGGGCGGCGGGAGGCGGGCGGAGCACAGCUGGAAAGGGAGCCUGGACCUCGGGGCCGCCGUUGCCCCUGGACCUCUCCACCCUCCGCCCCUCACCUCCCUGACACCCGCUCGGGUCCCGCAGGCCCCUCUCCAGCGGGACUCGCUGACCUCCGUCCCCACUCCCACGCCCCCUGGCUUUCACCCGCAGCCUCACACCCACUUCUCUCUCCUCUCGGUCCCUCUCUGGCACCCGUGAACCCUGAGCUGCCAAAUCUGAAUCUCCCUCUUCCUCUGCCGCGUCCCUCCCCAUCUGCUCGGCCCAUAGGCGUUUCUUCACUUCUGGUUUCCCUCUCCCGCCGCACUGCCUGUCCUGCCCGCCCUCCGCGUCCCACCUCCCGCGCCGCUCUGCCGUCCAGGCUCAUCCCGGGGCCUCAGCAGCACCUCCUCCCUGCUCUCUGCCUCCAGUGCGCCUCACCUGCACCUCGAGGGACCAUGGCCACCAUCCCGGACUGGAAGCUACAGCUGCUGGCCCGGCGCCGGCAGGAGGAGGCAGCCGCUCGGGGCCGGGAGAAGGCGGAGCGGGAGCGCCUGUCCCAGAUGCCAGCUUGGAAGCGGGGGCUCCUGGAACGCCGCCGGGCCAAGCUUGGUCUGUGUCCUGGGGAGCCCAGCCCUGCGUCUGGGCCUCCAGAAGCUGGGCCUCCAGACCCAGACAAGUCUGCGGUCCUGCUGGAGGCCAUCGGCCCAGUGCACCAGAACCGAUUCAUCCGGCAGGAGCGCCAGCAGCAGCAGCAGCAGCGGCGGAGUGACGAGCUCCUUGCAGAAAGGAGGCCUGGGCCUGCGGAGGCCCGGGAAUGGAGACCCAGCCCUGGGGAGAUGCAGGAUCCAAGUCCCAAAGAAAGAGAGCCCAGGGAAGAGCGGCUCAGCCCCAGGGAAGCUGGAGACAGGAGGCCGGGGGUAGGGGGAGCCCGAGAGUCAAGCCCCAGGCCUUCGGAGGCCCGGGACUGGCCGCGCCCGGGAGAGGCUGGAGACAGGGCCUCGGGGCUGCCAGAGGCACGGCGGUGGAGGCUGAGCCCGGGAGAAGCGGACGGAGGUGUGACCCCGGCAGAGCCUGGAGAACAAAGCCCCAGGAGGAAGGAGGUGGCCAGGGGGAGGCUGAGCCCAGUGGAGUCUGACGGCCAGCACUUGGGCCCGACGGAGGCCCCUAAAUGGAGGCCUGGCUGCACAGAGUCUCAGGAGCAGAGUUGGAAGCCACUGGAGGCAGCAGAAUGGAGUCUGAGCCCAGGAGACUGGAAAGGCAGCUCGGAGGAAUGUGGGAGCAGAGAAGACAGGCGGGCUCCAAGGGCGGCCCCCGAGGAGCUGACGGGGCUGCCCGAGACCCUGGCGCACGAGGCUGCGGGCCGCAGCUCUGAAGGCGGGCAGACCGCAGAGCGGAGCCCCAGUCCCGCCGAGGGUGGGGAGGGGGACUCCAGGCUGCCCGAAGGGGUGGAAAUGGCCCUGCACUCUGGGAAGGCUCGAGAAUGGACAGCCAGGGACACAGAGACUCAGACUCGGAAGCCAGCCCCUCCAGAGCCCGCCGGGAAGCACCUGGGGCCUCCUGGUGCGGAGGCUGCAGGGGAGGAGGCGGGGGCUCAGGGCCGGCCCGCGAGCGCCCUGCAGAGCCGCUGCUCUGGGCCCUGCCCCCUCCCGCCCGAGGACGCGCGGCCCGGAGGCUCUAGGCAGCAGGAAGAGGAAGCGGAGAAGCCGCGGCCCCCACCCGCCCCUCUGUCUCCCCCACCACCGGCCCCCCAGUCCCCUGGGGAUCCCCUCAUGAGCCGGCUGUUCUAUGGGGUGAAGGCAGGGCCAGGGCUGGGGCCACCCCGCCGCAGCGGGCACACCUUCACCGUCAACCCUCGGCGGUCUGCGCCCCACGCAGCCCCGGCCGCUCCUGCCCCCGCUGAUGCUGCGGCCCCCGGGGCCGGGAAGAAGAGGUACCCGACUGCGGAGGAGAUCUCGGUUCUGGGGGGCUACCUCCGCCUCAGCCGCAGCUGCCUUGUCAAGGGGUCCCCUGAAAGGCACCACAAACAGCUCAAGAUCUCCUUCAGCGAGACAGCCCUAGAGACGACGUACCAGUACCCCUCCGAGAGCUCGGUGCUGCGGGAGCUGGGCCCGGAGCCCGAGGCCCCCCGCCGCCCCCGCGGCCCAGCCAGACGACGAGGAAGAGGAGGAGGAGCUGCAGGCGGAGCCCCCGGGCGGCCUGCGCUCCAAGGCGCUGCUAGUGGAUGAGUCCUGCCGGAGGUGACCCUCUUCCAACACAGGGACCUACCUUCCUCCUUCCCGAAAUGAAGAUCCUGGGUCCCGGAAGGUUCAGAACAGACGCCCCUGAAAGUUUCAGCUGCUCACUCCGUUUGCUCCGGGACAAGACCUGGGACGCGUCUGCCUAUAUCGCCGCCAUCUUGCUGUCCCCGCCCUGUCUCUGAGGACAGAGCCCAAAUGCCACCUCGCCCCCAGUCCCCAGAGUGAGUGCCAGCUGUGCUCACGCUCCCUGGGCGGCCCAGUCCCAGGCAGAGGCCGAGCUCACGGGAUGGGGUGGGGGGAGGACCCCUCCAUCUGUGGGCACAGCACACCUCCCGGCAGCCUUCCUUGGGAGGCCGGCCCAGUCCUUUUAUAGGCACCUCUUUCUCCUGUUCCUUAGGCACUGCCCUUCGUUUACAGCUCCUGCUUCCUCUCUCUUUUUAAAAAUAUUUUUUUAUUGAUUUCAGAGAGGGAGAGGGAGAGAGAUAAAAACAUCAAUGAUGAGAGAGAACCAUCAAUUGGCUGCCUCCUGCACGCCCCGACUAGGGAUCAAGCCGGCAACCGGGGGAAUCGAACCGUGACCUCCUGGUUCACAGGCUGAUGCUCAACCACUGAGCCCCACAGGCUGGGCUCCUGCCUCCUCUCUUGACCAUAAUCUAGUUUACAAACACCCCCAGCUCCCCUCCCAAGGUCCCAGGCUCACAAGCCACGCCUGUUUCCCAUGUCCAUGUGGACCCUCUUCCCUGUCCCCAAGUCACCUCAUUGGGAUGACCUGGGGGUGGCUUCCUCCACUUUUGCUCAGUAUUACUCCGCCUCAGUUUUCCCCAAGAGGGAAGGCUGGGAAUCUUAGCUCUGUACCCCCAUCUGGUUAUUUAAUUCUGUUCCUCCUCAUGGUUCACAAAUGAAUUGAAUUACAAGGGUUUGGUGUGACUAACGAAGCACCUCAAUUCUCCCCUACUUCUCCUUCCUUAUCAAUUGCCUGUUUUUAAAAAGACAAAAACAAUUUUUCAUAAUAAAGUGGAGCUCUUUCCAA